CUGGCCGAUGAGAGAAGCACAUGGGAUAAAAAGGAAACAGUGUUUUAAACUCUAGGGUGAAGUGCUUUCCUGUAGGGAGUAUGCUGCAAUCCAGAUGUGUUUUAGGCAGAGAACAUGUGAGAACAUGACAGUUGGACUGCAAGACAAAUGGUAGCCAGAACGGAGCUCUCAAGCAACUGAGAUGGAUUUCUACAGGAAAAUAUGGGAGGUAGUGUUUGUCUACCUUCUCUGCUGGACAAUUGGAUGCUCCAUGCAGAUAAUUUGCAGUGGAGUCCUUCAGGUGGAGCCUGGUCCUGUAGUUCACAUGGGCUCUGAGCUGACCGUCCUCUGCCGCUCAUACGCAGAGCACUGCGGCAGGACCUUCUCCAUUUUUCUGAACCGCCAGCUCCAGCACCCCCUAGAGGAGAUCAACUGCUCCACAGUGCGGCUGCGUCUGGCUAAUGUCGUGCCCAAUGCCCAUCUGAUCUGCACAGUGAGCCAGGACCGAACGCACCAGACCGUGUGUGGAACGAACCUCCAGCCUGGCUUUCCUCCCGAGAUGCCCACCGGUUUGAGAUGUUUUGCACGGAGGGAUUCAGAAAAUAUCAGCUGCACUUGGGACAAAGGAAGGGAAACACACCUACCGACCAGAUACAUCGCCACAUUUAAAUUCAAAAAUGGGACCCAAUCUGUCCAUCAACUGAACGACAGUGAGAGCUCUUUCUGCGUACCAUGGUCCCUGUUUGAUGCAGAUGUGGAGUACAGCGUGAGAGCUCAGAAUGACCUGGGAGAAGCCCUGUCCGAUGCCAUCCCACUGUCAGCCAGAGAUAUAGUUAUCCCCAACACCCCUAAAAUAAUUACGGUGGAGUUUGGGAAUCACUCCCGGACAGCCACAUUGCACUGGAACAUUUCAGAAUCAUCAAGGGAAUGGAGAGUCAAAAUCAGAAUUGGAGAUAACAGAAAACACAGAGAAUUCUGGGGGACUGAACUUAGACAAGGUCUGGUGAUGCUGGAAGACCUCAGACCCCUGCCCUGGUAUGAGUUCCAGAUUCAAGCCUGCUCCGUAGACAAAAAGCCAAAAUGCAGCCAGUGGAGCCAACCUGUACAGUGCACAAGUCCAAGAACAGCACCUACUAAAAAACUAGAUGUCUGGCGAAUACUCAGAGGCAUUGAAGAGAAUGGAACACAGAAAGUGACAGUACUGUGGAAGCCUGAAAACUACAGAGAUGUGAUGGUGGGUCAUGAGCUUGUUUACUGGGCGCGAGGUCAGAGGCUGGUGGUCACCUGUGGUCCCAAUGUGACAGAGAAAACACUCCACGUGUCACCUGAUGUGACCCGAAUCUUCAUCUAUGCGGUCACGUCCAUGGGACAGUCCCCUCCUGCCACUCUGCACAUCUCAAAAGCAGAAGGCCUCGCCGUGCCUCACGUGAGAGAUCUGGCUCCAGCAGAUGAAGGCAGUCUUCUCCUGACCUGGGAUUUGUUCCACCAUGAGAACAAAUCAGCACUCGGCUAUGUUGUCCAGUGGCAGAGUCACUCUAAGGAAAUACAAUGGAAGAGACUAGCUGCUGAUGAUAGCUUCACCCACAUUGAAGGUUUGGAACCAGGAGUCAGAUUUAACAUAUCCUUGUAUGCAAUGACGUCAAUGGGCAUAUCUGAUCCUGCCAUUCGCCAAGCCUAUUCUAGAGAAGAGAAGCCACUUGCUGGACCCAAGGUGUCAUUGCUGAAUAUUGAGGCUGCCCGUAUACUAAUCCAGUGGGAAGAGCUUAGCCUGGACCAGCAGAGAGGUUUCAUCACAAACUACACCGUCUAUAUGAGGAAACGCAACACAGGACAACAAUUGACCCUGGCAGGCUCUUUGUCCAGGCAAAUGUGGCUAAACCACCUGGACACACCCUUUGACCUUCACAUCUCUGCCUCCAACUCUGCUGGGGAGGGCCCCCUGGGGAAGAAGGUCUUCUGCCAGCUCCAAGCCUCCCCAAAAGAUUGGUCUGACGUUAGGCAAGGCCUUGUGAUUGCUAUCCCUCUGGUGAUUCUUGCUAACUUGAUGUGCUUGGAUUGUGUCCGGAGAAGGAUUACAAGGACAUGUACAAUGGUUGGACCCCAGUGGUUGUUUGAGAACUUCCCCAAAGUUGAAAACAGCACAGCCACCAAACUACUGCAGGAGAAGGAAAGAAGUGACUCUGAGUCUUCUUGGAGGUAUAUGUAUGAUGAUCCCCCCAUUACUCCAGUGGAGAUCAUCCCAUCAGAGACGACAGACUGGCACCCCUCCGAUGUGGGGAUCAAGAGUGCAGAUGUUGGUAUGGGAAGGCAGGUGCUACAGGAGAAACCAGAGACCAGUGUGCUUCUGGAAGAAGAACAUGCAUACAAGCCACAGAUCACCAGUACAGCUCAAGAGGAGUUCCCAGAGGAGGAGGAUAAUCCGUGGGUGACUCCCUUGCACACAGGGGUCAGUCUAAUCCCGGGCGAGGAGCACACAAUCUACAGCCCGGAUGUGUCCGGGCUCCUGAGAGACUGGCUCUCUGACCUCACUCAGGAUAGAUCGGGGGCCAGUUUGAACACCACGGGAGGCAUCCACUUCAAAGGCACACCCCAGAUUGUCCUCACCACUGGGUCCUGGCUGGAGGAAGGGCUGACAGGGCUGGGGGACCGCGCUGAGAACAUUCACCUGGGGCAGAACCUACUGCCAGACCAGCUGGUCAGCUGCCUGAGAAGUCCUGCUACUGAGCUGUCUCCUAUCACCUUCCUCAGGGAAUGACCCUGCAUGUUACACGAUACAUGUAGCGAGGAGUGUGUGUGAGUAUGUGAGUGUGUGUGAGAGUGGGAGAGUGUGUGUGUGUGUAUGCCUGCGGGUGUGUAUGUGCAUGUGAGUGAGACGGGGAAUAAUGCCAUAGACAGCAAGCUUGCCAUGUAUGAGCAAGAACAACCGCUGGAAACACUGGUGAAACAUACUUCUCAAGGAUGGCUUUUUGGCACUUUAAAUGCAUCAUUUUGCAAAUUAGCAUUAUUGAUAUUUCAAAUACGAAACAAGGAUGGUUAAAAGGUUUUUUUUUGUGGAUAUUUUAAAAGGUUUUUGUUCACGAAGUGAACAUACUAUUACCUUGGUUCAUAUUAAUUUGUUUAUGGUCUGUGGUAUUUGUGCUCAAUGGCCCAAAACAGCAAGCAACUGUGUUAAGGAGUGCAAUGUAGACUUCUGUUUCACCUGCACACUAAAGCCAUUUUCAUAACGUCCUAAGGACUGUUUCUCCUUUCCUUUCAAAACUAAAGUUGAAGUCAGUGUGGGUUCAAAUAAUUUGGCUCACUAAAUAUGUUACAUUUAAUAUGUCUAAAUCAAGAUAAUGCAAUGUGUUUUAUUUGCUUUCAUUAUGUGUAAUCUCUCAAAAUAAGUACAUAGGUGUAGUUAUCCCUUUAACCAACUCAAAACCCAACAAUUGGAGAUUUUGGGCCAUAUUAGAUUAUGGAGAUGAGACUGAGGUUUGUUUGUCACUGUAUUUCCACUGUAUUUCCAUAAACGCUGAAAAUGGUCAUAUGAAGGGGAAAUUACACAACAUAUAAGUGUACAUAUGUAAUGAUGCAAUUCAUGUGAAAUUCAAACUGUCUGUAAUUUUAUUUCCGCAGUUUGAGCUUAAAAUAAAAGUGGUCUAAAAAAUUAA